CAUCAUCAUUCUCACAUUUGGCGCGGGAACUUCAUGUUUGGCUGCUCGUUGUCGGCGUUUCUCAGACGAUUAUCUAGAAAAAAGGGAAGCUUUGUCCUAUUAUACUGGAAUGGACGACCCCGAGCUGGAUACGCUGUGUGCACUAAUAGACGAAGAACUAGCAGGUGAUGAUCAAGCUCCAGACGAAGCAUCAGAGACAGCCGAAAAUGUCGCAGAAGGAAGAUCCGCAAAUGAAAUCGAGAACGAACUACAAAUGAUGCAGGAAAAAAUGAAAAGUCUACAAGAAGAACUGUUCAAGAAGACAGGAUGCGGUACAGGUAGCGUAGACGACUCCAAACCGAGCACAAGCUCAGCUGCAACUUCUAGACCUUUGCGAAUCAAAUCGGUACACGUCGACCUGUUCGCAAAGAACGACGUGAGCGAAGAACCAGCGAAAAGUUCUCACCCCGCGAAAAGCGUUGUUCACGACGGAGAAACGGAUUCUUCGGACGACGAAAAGAGGUACCCGACGACCGGUGGGCUGACUGCUACGGGUAAGGUUGUCAAGCAUGCUUUGAAGUCGAGAACGAAGUCCUUCUCGCCGUCGACUGCGAGGCCUGUUACAACGUGGAGCAGCUGGUCAACACAGCCAACAAACAAGACGGACAACAGCGGCGUCAGAGAUUUGUACUCCGGAAUACGGAUCAUAAAGCCUGUCGUACCUGCGGACGUGAUGGAAGCUCGAAUGUCUGGCAGAAAGAUGGUCAAAUUGUCGCUCCUCUCUUCUUUCGUGAAAAAUAAAAUCACGGAAGACUGGGUGACGAUCGGCGUCCUUGUCAACAAGACAGCUCCUAAGACUUCAAAGAAUGGCAAUACUUACUCCAUCUGGAAAAUGACAGAUUUGGUGGAUUGCGAAAAUCUCGUCAGCUUCUUUAUGUUCGGCGAAGUUCACCAGAAGCACUGGAAGACGGCCAUCGGGUCCGUUGUCGGGGUUCUCAAUCCGUCCGUGAUGCCCAACAGGGACAGCUUCAGCUCGAGGUCAGACAUCACUCUAAGCAUCGACCAUCCCGGAAAGGUGAUGCUGAUGGGGACGUCGAAGGACUUUGGUACCUGUAGAGGAAAGUCCCGGAGUGGCCAGCCAUGCACCAACAUUGUUAAUGAGUCUCACUGUCCAUACUGCAUCUAUCACGUGAAAGCGGAAUAUCGUAAAAUGAGUUCUCAGAGAACAGAACUCCAGGCAUCGUUUUCCGGAGUGACCCCUAAGGGACUUCGGCAGAAAGUCCUCCAGAAGGGUCAGGUGAUGUACGGCGGACAGCUUUUCAUGAAUGCACCCCCACCAGCCGGUAGAGCGCACAAAGAAAAGGACAAAUUUUUGCUGAACAACCUGAAAGUAGCGAAAAAAGCUGAAGAGAUCCAGUGUGCCGUCAAACCGGUCAAUCUGCUGCACUUGUCGUCUGAAGAAAACAAGGCCUUGAAUGACAUAGCAUCGAAAUCUGACUUUCUGGGCAGUGCCUUGAGCAAACCAACUGCGGGUUCCAGAAAUUUUCUGCGCCACGUUAUGGGAGAAGAAGAUGCACAAAAAAAUAAUUCAUCAUUGCCACAGAAGAGCAGACACAUCGUAUCAGUUAGUGCAAAGGACCUGCUGAAAAUGCACAAGCAACAGUUAAAGGUCCUUAGCGAAGGACAACAGAAGAAACAAAGUCCUACAAUUCCUGUCCUAGGACGUGGCCUUGGUGCCGGUAGUUCUUUCAUUCCUCUAGGAGGGUCUGCAAAACAGACUUUGACUCCCUCGGACAUUGCAAAGAUCAGAGCUCUGCGUACUAUCAGUCAGAAAGGGCCCCUUACACCAAAAGAUCCUAAUGCAGUGAAGAAAAGUGCGGUAGAAAUUCAAGAAAAAAUUCAGAAACGUCUGGAAAGAUCUCUCGAAAAUGAGGAUGAAAAGGACAAAGAGCAACCAAAUGCCAAACGAAGUCGACUUGGCGGCCCAGCGAUGACGCAAGAGAUGAUCGACAAACUCAUGGAUAAAAAAUCAUCGCACGCGCACGAGCUUGAAGAUUUGGAACUCGAGGAACAAGUACGCUACUUCAAAGUGCUGGAGAGAAAAGAACAGUUUGAAGAAAAAAUGUCAUCCGUAAGAGAGAUGGUCUGCGAAGUUGUCUCGUGUUCAAAGUGUAAAUAUGUCUCCCAUCAAGCCUCGGAACUGUGCAAGAACGAAAAUCAUCCUUUGAAACAUCACAAGGCCACGAAGCGGUUCUUCGUGUGCAAAGAUUGCAAGCACCGCACUUACGCCUUCACCAGAAUUCCUACACGCUCCUGCAGAAAUUGCAACGGAUCAAACUUUGAACGCACCUCAAUGCACAAGCCAAAGGAGGGGCCCAAGAUGGAUCAUGAAAAGCUCCUGAUACGAGGCGAGGAACGCAAAUUCAUAAAUAGCUGACGACCCCCUUUUUAUUUAAUUUUGAGUGACAAUCAUUGCAGGAAUUGAUUUUCGUAUUUUAGCAUAUUUUAAAGCUAUCCACCGACAAUGUUUUUUAUGUGCAGUUUUACGCGACAGCUGUAUCUCUCGUAAAUAAAUAUUUGCCGAAACAAA